AGUCAAUCUAAUAAUAGGAAGAGAACCGUGGCUUACGUAAAUCGGAAGUUGUGCUGUUUCACAUUCACACCUUCGUCUCUUGUCAUCGUCGGCAACGGUGAGCACGCUGAUGGCAUCACCACCCAAACCCUGGGAGCGGGGAACAGCGACAUCAGCCCCAGCAACCAUCACCGCCGCAACAUCUACUACGCCGAGCUUAUCUUCUUCAGAACCACCUUCAGUACCUGCACGUCCCCCAGCUCUCUCCAACCCAUCUGCAUCUACCCUCGCGCCCUUCAGUUCUUUACAGCCAUCAUAUAACACCCCAUAUUCUCCGUACUCUCGCCUUGGGUCCACGUACUCACCCUAUGGCUCAAGUAUGUACGGUGGCUAUGGCGGAAUGGGCAGCAGUUAUGGCACUGGGUACGGCGGAUAUGGCAUGAAUAACAUGAAUAGCAUGUACGGCGCCAUGCCAGGAAUGCCCGGAAUGCCCGGAAUGGGCAUGUACCCUGGUAUGGAUCCCAACAAUCCUUCCUUUUCGCAGACUCUCGAAGCCACGACCCAACACACCUUUUCCCUCCUCCAUUCCAUCGUCCAGACUUUCUCGGGCGUAGCACAAAUGCUCGAGUCCACAUUCAUGGCGACGCACAGCUCAUUUUUCGCAAUGGUCGGCGUCGUCGAGCAAUUCAGCCAUCUUCGCAAUGCCCUGGGCAGUGUAUUAAGCCUCUUUGGUCUUUUACGGUGGAUGAAGGAGCUCAUUACGGGCCGCUCCAGCUCUACCGGCAUCCAGGGUGAAUUCAGAGAGUUCAUCAGCGGCAAGCCCGUCCAGGGCCCAAUGGGUCCUCCUCCUAUCAAGCCUAGCCGAAAGCCUAUUAUAAUAUUUUUACUCGCUAUUUUCGGCGUCCCAUACGCCAUGACGAAGCUCGUAAAAAUCCUCAAUGAGCGUGCGAUGCAACAGCAACAAGCACAAAUUGGUCCCGGUGGUUCACUAGGUCCCCUUGAUCCGUCGACACUUACUUUUGCACGCGCGCUGUAUACAUUCACACCUUCAUCUCCGUCUGAGCUUGCGCUCAAGGAGAAUGAGAUCGUCGCUAUCAUGGGAAAGCUGGAUCCUAGCACCGGUGUGGAGGUAGAUCCACGGUUAGAAGUGGAGAGCGAAUGGUGGAAAGGUCGGACGCGCGAGGGUCGCGAAGGCUGGUUCCCGAAAAAAUGGGUUGAGGUUCUCGAGCGGAGGAAGCCUGCGGAAGAGGACAAGAAAGCCGUUUGAGUGUCGGGUUCACUUUUCUUACACUAUCUUACUUUUUUGAUUUCGAUCAACGCUUUUUGGUUGUUCUACAUAUAGAGACCCAAGAUGUACUCAUAGUAUACUUCAAAGAUAUGCGGUUUCGUGACCAUGGUAC